ACACCGGCCUCAUCUCUUGGCUGACGCCCUGUUCCCACCCGCAGAUCCUGAACCAGGCCCUCGGCACCAUGAACCCCGCCCUCAGCAUCGCUCUCCUGCUGACAGGCUUGCAGGUGGCCGGCGGCCAGAAGGUGACCAGCCUCACGGCCUGCCUGGAGGACCAGAGCCUGCGCCUGGACUGCCGCCACGAGAACACCACGACCGUGCCCAUGCAGUUCGAGUUCAGCCUGACCCGCGACGCCAAGAAGCACGUGCUGUUCGGCACCAUCCCCGAGCACACGUACCGCUCCCGCACCAACUUGACCAACAGGAGCACCCUCAAGGUCCUCUACCUGUCCGGCUUCACCUCCAGGGACGAGGGGCUGUACACCUGCGAGCUGUACGUUCCCGGCCAGCCCCCCAGCUUCUCCAACAGGAACGUCUCUGUGCUCAGAGACAAGCUGGUCAAGUGCAGGGGCGUCGGCCUGCUGGCCCAGGACGCCUCCUGGCUGCUGCUGCUGCUGCUCUCCCUGCCUCUCCUGCAGGCCAUGGAUUUCGUCUCCCUGUGACCUGUCCAGACAGCUUCCUCCUCAGGGUCAGCUGACCCCUCCCCCAAUCCCUUACAUACCUGGGGGAAAUGGGGACCCCACCCUCUUAAGGAGUCCCGUGCUGCAUGCCAUCAUCUACCCACGCCCCUGCCCCCCAGCGCCCCCGCCCUCCACACACCACUGGCCUCUCGUCCUUGCUCCAGAGCUGCUGCUGCUUCUGUGGUUUAUUCAGGGGCUUCCUUCCUUUUCUUGGGGAGUUUGUGAAAACGGAAGCCAGGUUGGGGCCCGAUGGAGAGCGAGGACAGGGGAGGGGCUGUGGGGUGGAGGGGUACCUGUGAGGGGGUCAUCCCUGCCCCGGGGACCAGAGCCUGGGAGGGCGGUGUGCUUGGGUGCAGAGCCCCCUCAGCAGCCCCGCCGGGAUGUGAGGAGAGUGCUAGGGGCACCCUCCCCGCAGCCUGCAGCUGGCCUCUUCCCACCUCCUCCAGUGGAGGCUCAGACCCUGCCCAGCAGCAGUGCUGACGGGGUGAGAGGGGGUGAAGGGAGGGGGAGGGCCCCCCUCCCCCUCCCCCUCUCCCUUCCCUCCUAGGCACGCU